AUGGUGAUAAACACAGAAACGAAUUUAAACAGAUCAAAAUCUACUAGCGAACUACAUAAUAAUAGUUAUAACGAUGGUCAUGAUAAUUUUACAAAUGAAAAUCGGGCGAACAGCGAAUCUUCGUUAGAAUGGGAAUUAGAUGAAGACGAAAUAGAUAGACCCCGGGUUGAUGUCGAUACACCCUUCGGUAACGUUAUGGCCGAAUUUGAGAAUUCGUUUAGAUCUUUGAUGCAAAAACUCGACAAUAUGUCUACGACAGAGUACAAUGUAUCUGUAAUUUUCAGUGUUGAAAGAAGUGAAAAUCAACCAGAAGGGUCCAACGAGCCUAGCCACAGGUUGCUCGACGCCAUUGCAGCGCAACAAUUAAGUAGCGAAAUUGAUCGUGCAAUUACCGAAUUGCUGCAAAGUGACGAGUUCAAAGAGCGCGUAGUAUCCACUACAGUCGAUUCCUUAAGGUCUGUUAUCAGAAGCAGUAUCGAACAGACCUUCCCAGAGACCUACCGGCCAGUUCUGAACAGCUUCCACGCGAAAGUGGUUCGGCAGGCGAAGAGGACUCUGCACAAUGCAUUCCGUGAAUUAGACAAAAGUUCGGAAUACUACUGCCAGUCGGUACAAGAGACCACCCUGUCCAUCACACGCGCCGUGGAAAAACAUCAAAAUCCAAUUAAAAACACGACAGACUAUGGAAAAUCGUUACAGGAUACAUUGGAAGAGAUUUUGAAUAAAGAACUUAUGGAAUGGCGUCGAAAUUUAUGGGACUUACUGACACCACAAAUGUUGCCAAAACCAGAGUUCUCAGAAAGACCAGAGACACCAGAGGAGGAUAUGCCCGCAAGCCCGUCCCAGCCAGCUGAUCCUUCUAAAUCUAUUGUUGAACAAUUGUUAAAAUCGGCCAUGAUCAACAAGCUUAUAAGCGAGGGCAAAGUGAACGAGUCGUUCGAGCAGGCGCUGUCAGCGUGCGACCUGUCGCUGGUGGUGGCGGCGUGCCGCGCGGCGGGGCCCGCGCUCGCGCCGCGCCUGCAGCAACACACGCUGCUGUCGCUCGUGCAGCAGCUGGCCACGGACAUGCUGCACGAGACGCAGCUGAAGUGCAGGUACCUUGAAGAAGCUUUAAUAAACUUGGAUACAACAGAUCCAACAACACGAUUCCACUUGCCGCUGGUCGUGGGCGAAGUGAGGAAACAUCUUUCGAAUUUUCUCAAAACCUACCCCGGCCACGUCGCAGGCCGAAGAAUUUCAUUGAUAAUUUUGGCCGCUGAAAACUUAUUAAAAUGAUCUUUGUUUGUUUAAUUUGUUAUUUUUGAUUG